AGAAGUGCUUUACGUUUGUGCCUUACCAUGCCAAUAAAGUUAGUUGAAUAAAUUUAAAUUGCGCAGGCGUGUUCGCGAUGAAGCGUUCCGCACACGUGCUUUCUAGUCACCGCCCCUCCGUGUAUGGCGCCAAACUGAACACGUCUAUUCAUUGCUGCUGACAAACAGAAGCGAGAAGCGAGUGCUGACGAAUUCGACAGGCAAUGUCCAAGAAAAAGGGCUUGAGUUUGGAAGAGAAACGCUCUCGCAUGAUGGAAAUAUUUUUUGAGACGAAGGAUGUGUUUCAGUUGAAAGAUAUGGAAAAGAUUGCCCCAAAGAUGAAGGGAAUAACCCCAAUGUCUGUAAAAGAUGUUCUGCAGAGCCUAGUUGAUGAUGGCAUGGUGGACACUGAGAGAGUUGGAACCUCAAACUAUUACUGGGCUUUCCCAAGUAAAGCAUUGCAUGCAAGAAAACGAAAACUAAAUGAUCUUGAGAAACAGACCACAGAGGGUGAGCAAAAGAAAACUGCUUUAGAACUUGCUGUAAAAAAGGCAAAAAUGGGUCGUCAAGACACGGACAAUCGAGCUGCUUUGUUAAAAGAACUACAGGAACUGAGAGAGCAGAGGAAUUUGAUGAAAGCAGAAGUAGAAAAAUAUAAGGAGUGUGACCCUGACGUGGUAGAAGAAAUACGGCAGUCUAACAAAACAGCAAAGGAAGCAGCUAACAGAUGGACAGAUAACGUCUUUGCCAUUAAGUCAUGGGCCAAGAGAAAAUUUGCAUUUGAAGAAAGCAAGAUCGAUAAAACCUUUGGUAUACCAGAAGAUUUUGACUACAUUGACUGACACUUUAAAGCAUUUUUCCUUUCUACUAAAAACUAAGAUACUCCUACUAUUAAAUUUCUGUUUUUGUUAAUACAACAUCACAACCUAAUGCCAGGUUAAAGCAUACAGUAAGCCAAUAACAUAAGGUAAAAUUAUUUUAAUGUAUAUAUAUUUUUUAUUUUUCAUAUAAUGUAUUAUUUACAAUCCUUGUAUUGUACAGUUACAAUGUUACAAACUGCUUUCAAAUGUAUCAGAUGAGGAUUAAAUGCGCAUACAGUAUACCUUGUAAACUUUAUUGUAAAUGCUAACAAUGAGCAUAAUUUUAUUUUGUAAAUAAAAUACAUGAAAAACAAAA